UUUGGCAUCAACUUAAUUUCCAAUGUUCAAAAAGAAAAAACUUAAUUUCCAUGUCUAUAUUGUAUAUAUAUACACUAAAAUCAACCUUAAAAAGCCAACCUUAAAAUCAGAAACAAUUCUCUUACGUUCUUGUUUUUGUAUCUCUCAAAGUACUACUCUCAUUAUCAAAUAACAAAAUGAAUAAUUUCAUGAAACUAUUCGCUAUUUUUGUCCUGUUUAUCCAAAUCCAAAUAGUCCUGUCUCAAAAUCCUCACCCAGUGUCUGCCCCGGGACCUAAUCUUAUACAGCAACUCUGCAAAAGAAACCGUCAUCAAAGCCUAUGCGUCUCUACGCUUAAUCUUGAUCCUCGAAGCAAAACCUCAAAUCUCCAAGGGCUUGCAUCGAUCUCCAUUGAUGCGACAUCAAAGAAAGUGAACGAGACGAUACAAUAUCUCAUUUCCGUUAUGAAGGACCUCGGCGGCGGCCGUGAAGGUUUCGAGAGGUACGGAACUUGCAUUGAAGGGUACGGCGCGUCGAUUCGUAGGUUUCUACCGGCGGCGUUGGCGGAUCUAAAGGCUAAGAAGUAUUCUCAGGCGGUGUCUGACAUAAAUGACGUUGUGAUACAGGCGCCGGUUACUUGUCAGCAACAGUUUCCCGGAAAGGGCCCGGUGCCGUUGACCGAACGUAACCAAGCCACUCAUGAUAUCGCCGAUAUGACUGCUGACAUCAUUAAAACUUUUGUCAACUAGAUUAUAAAUUUUAAUAUAUUUUCUAUUUUCCUUCCUUUUUUUUCUUUGCGAUUGUCGCAAAAAUAUAAAGAAAAAAGGUAUUUGAUAAAGAAAUUAUAAGAUAUUUAACUUGCAUCUUUAAUUCGCC